AUGGCUGCUCCUAUACCGCUCGCGAUGGUACCUUCCACGACAUCAUUCCCUACUCUUCAUCAUCUUGGCAACUCCUCAAGCGGUAACUUCUCCAGUUGCAACGCUACGUCUCUCCAACCUUCUACACUCUUCUUCACUGGAUUCCAAGCUGGACACAUUAUCUACAUGAUUGCGGCAUUAGCAGGUGUCAUUGUUUCAAACGCCUGUCUGGCCAUCCGCCUUGCCUCUAUUAAGGAGACUCGUUCCCUGCUGAAGCUUGCGCUGGUGCACAUCAUCGUCAUAAUUAUCUACGCUCUAGGCUGCAUCUUCUGCAUGUCCGCCUGCCUCUUGUACUUCGGACAUACCAUAUAUAACCAAAGUUCCUGCGAAGGAGCGAUAUUCCUCGGCCUGGUAUUCUACCUGGGACAGAAGGCCUUUCUCUACCUCUUCCUUGUCGAACGCACGCAUAGUGUACAGAAGAAGGUUCUCACUAGGCUACAAGAUAAGAUCUACUUGUCCGGACUUGCAAUGGUGCUUGUUGGCUUCACCGGUAUCGUGGUAACGACAUUCUUCUACCACGUUGCAGUGUAUAACACGGACCAGAGAGUCUGUCACAUCGGACUGACACGACAAAUUGCAAGUGUGUUUCUGACUUGGGACAUUUUCGUCAAUAUCUUCCUCACGGCUGUUUUCUUGAAGCGUUGCGGACCUUACAUGUCCCGCGGCUAUCUACACACUUUCGUCACGCCAGCAAUCAAGGGCACGCUGGAGAAGCUGACGUUUUUCCGGUACGCAUUCGCCGCCGAACAAGAGCAGAGCAUGGGAAUACAGCAGAAAGCACUAGUGAAAGUCAUACAAAAGGCAGUCUGGGGAUGUCUGGCGCUUGUUCCGUCAACGGUAAUCAACUUCGCCCUGCUCAUAUACUUCGCGGGCCGGCAACAGGCUUGGUUCUUUUUCACGUUUGCGACAUUAGGUCAGUUUCCUCAAUCACGAAAAUCAUUUCCGACACUAACAGCUUUAGAUGUUACGUGGGCAGUCCUCGUGAUUCACUGGCUUACCAAUUCACCUCAUGGAAUGUCCUCACAACCUCCGACAUCAGAACGCUUAAGAAGAACGCCGUCAAUAGAGCUCCUGCAAGUCCCGCCCAGCCCCGCCGCAGGGGACCACCUUGUUGUCAAAUGUCGGUGCCGUCGUACGUUGUCUGUGUAAAUUUGGGGACUUAGCAGGAGAAGAGAGUUAAAGUAGAAUUCAGAGAUUGACAAAUGAGAUUGUUUUG